AGACGAAAUUUAACAUGAGAAUUAUGUAUCUUAAGCGUUUACGUAACCACCGCAUGAAAUCCUUCGAUUUUCUCUCUAUACCACUUAUAUGAUACAUUUUUUUUUAGAAAUACACGUGAUUGUGUCAAAUUGUAACAUUUCGAAUCUUUUCCCGACAAAUUAUUAUCCGUCUUGGACCUAAACACUCGCGAAUUUUGUUAUAGAAUACAUAUCAAAGUGACUUCUGAUAAAAUCAUUCAUACUUAGAGUGAUCCAGAGUAUUAUUAUAUUUAUAGGUCGUUGCGUACGUGGGCACGAAAUUCGAAACUGAAUACAGACACCCGGGGGGAGGAGGCAGUGAAGACUGAAGAGUAUCUUUUCUUUUUUGGGAUGGCAAGAAUAUCUAUAAUCGUGGAUAUCCGCCCGAAUCCGACCUAAUUGGGUAGGGUAAAACCCGAAGCCGAAGGACUUUUAGUGGGUACGGGUAAAACCCGAACCCGAAUAUUACGGAUAAUGGGUGGGCAUGUUUUUCUCACUAUCCAACCUGAACCCGCCCGAUUAUACACAUGCAUAUGUAUUUUUUCUAGAUAUAAUCAAUAUUUUUCUCUAACAUAUUUUAUAUUUAGCAUAUAAAUAUAAUAUUUUUAUGAAAUUGUGUUUUAUUAAUUUUCUUCAUUAUAGUGAAUUAUUGUCGUACUCUUCGUCUUACAUAACAUGAGAAUACGUGUGAAUAUUAACAUAUUGGUUAUAGUUAUAAAGAGAAACUAUUACCCAUGGAUACCAGAAAUCCGAACGGGUAUGGACAUAGUUUGGAUUUUCUAACCGUUACUUAUGUGAGUAUGAGUUUGGGUAAAAUCCGAACUACUUUGGAUAGGCUAACGGAUAUGCACUAUCCGUCCCCGACCCGACCCAUUGCCAUACCAUCCCUAUUUCUUUUGAUGCGCCCACCAUUGGCCAUUGCUCGCUGGGCGCUGGCCACUCGUCGUCGUCUUCUUGUGCUGUAUACAGUGCAUCAUGAUUUAGAAUGCGCGUCUUUUGUGGUUGAGACAUUUUAUUCCUGCACUCGUCUCGUCCCUUACCAGUCGAGAUUCCCCCUUGCGAGAUUUUACCUUUGGUUCCCGAUUUUGUAUGUUAUCAUUCGGACAGGGAAAUACGUACAUUUCAGCUUUUAGCUGGGAAAUUGUAAGUUGUAAAUGUAACGGGAACAAACCUUCUUUUCCCUGAAAAAACAUCAAAUUUAGAUCCAAAUAAGCACAUGCAUAUAUCACUAGUUGACUGGAGAUUUUAUCAAAAGCUUACUUACAAGCACACUUAGCUUGUUUCCGACUUAAACUACUCGUGACCUAUCAAUUUACAAAUAAGAUCAUCUCGAUUUGUUCACUUGACGUUCUCAACUUAAAAGUUUCGAUAUAAUCAAACCCAUGCACAAAUCUCGAUCGACUCGAUCAUCUGAUCGCACGACUAUUAGAUUGAGUUGACAAGACUGAUGAUAUCGUUAACCUAGUUGCAGCUGACAUGUAUGAUUUGUAAUCUAACAAAACCAUCCAACCGUGUCCCCAAUAAUGGUGGAUCCGUGGGGUUUUAGAGGUUCACCGCGGCACACCUUCUACAAAUUUUUCAUCGAUUUCAUAGUAGCAUCGUCACGCUUUAAACCUGACACCUUUUGAUUAUUUAGAGCAAGUGCUAUCGAUUCCUUAGGGAUUGUCUAGUGGGUUAUGUUGGAAGAUACUUAUUGAAUAUUGUACACAAUUAAUUUAUCUUAUAUAUUUUACAAAUAUAAAUGUACGUUGUGAUAUUUUGGAAAUAAAUAUAAGCAUUUGUUGGAUUACAUUUUUUUUAAAAGAGAACACUGUUAAAAAUUAUUCAAACCAAUCCAACAUAGGAUGAAAAUAUUGUUUUUAAAAGGAUGAUAUAGAUUUAUUUUUAUUAUUAUAAGUUACGAAAGACAUUCAAAUUUAAAACCUUUCAAUUGAAGACCCGUGAUAGAAACGAUAGACUAAUUUCAAAUAACUUUUAUCAUUAUUAAGAAACAUAUGAUGGAGAUGUGACAGAGAAUGUAUCAUCUAAUGUGUCCCACCAACCCAACAAUGCAUAAUUGUAUCCCACCCAUGUUAAUUCCAACUUAAAUCUCUUCUAUGACAUCCAAUAAUAUUGAAACGAUUACCUAGAUUAUUUCAGACUUGAAAAGAAAUAGGAAAAGGACUUUGAGAGAUUCCAUUCAUCGACAUCGACAAAAUCUCUUUUGUGACAAAUAACCUAAUCGCCCCUCUCUUGUAUAUUUGCUUUCUUUUCAAGUUUAAAAGUGAUAAGAUGCUGACUCAGUCUAGAAAUCUAAUUGAGCUUUAUUUGAAUAAACUUAGUGCGCAAGUGGAGAGUAAAUCACUAUAAAAUGGUAAAUCUAAUUGAGCCUUUCCAAAAUCAAAAAUUGAAAACCUCUCUGUGCAUGUUUAGCUUGUGGGAUUUGACUAAACCUAUCCCAUUUGGUUUUGCAUUUGUUUUUCAAUUUUUUCAACCAUCAUCUUACUUGCUAGGGUUAUUGCUUUGAGGUUGAAUUAUAUUGAUGCUUCAAGUAUCUCUCUAGGCAAACCAAUAGUGAGGAUUUUUUCUUUCAUUCUUUGGAGAUCUGACAUUUGCAAAUAUAGGUAUCACCUAUCGUAUUAUAUCUAAUUUUAGUACUGAAAACCAAAAUAUUGGUAUCAUAAACAUCAUUGAGGAAUAAAGGAUCUUGACAUGCACCCAAAGAUUAAUAGAGGUUUGGAGAUUGAAGUGCAAUUUAAGAUGAGAUUAGGAGGAUUCAUGAUAGGACAUGCAGAAGAAGGGGUUGGGAGAUUUAGCUUUUGUAUCAUUUUUCCGUGUUCAGAUACGUAAAUAUGUUUAGUUAUGUUUUUAUAUGUUGUUGUGGCAAAGGUAGUUGACAGCACAACAGAAAUUAGUUGAAAACAAUGAGAUAACUUUUAGUAGCUUCCUUAUUGUUUCCGAAAGUUGUUUCUUGUGCAAUCGUACAAUUGUUGUAAUAAUUUCAUUCAAAGAAGUCUAUGACCAAAUCUCACCAGGCUCGCUUCUAACAUAUUCCCCCCCCCCCCUCCCUCUAUUUCUCUAUAACUCAUCUUCGAAUCUUAUUGCUAAUAUUAUUUUCAUAUUUUUCUCUCUUAAGUUUCUCAUAACUCGUCAAUCAUCGUGCCACAUUAUUUCUCACAUUAUUUUCCUACUUUCAUCUUAGUCACAUUAAUACUAAAUGUGACCAACUCAAAUAACUCAGCACAUAAAAAAUUGUCAACUUUUAUGAUUUCUCAAAAGUACCAAUUAAACGUGUUUUUUUUUUCUCCUCAUGAUAUUCUAGUUGUACCUGUGUUGUCACAACAACAUUGCAAUCACAACGGAAACAAAACUAUACUAAAAUGGGGCCUUAAUUAACAAAAAGUUUGGAACUUGGGAGAGCUCAUGUAAUUGUAGCAUAUGGCAAUGUUACUGAAACAGAGAUUUAAUUAACAUAGAGCUUAAUGGCGAUCAUCAUAUUCCACCACCACAACUUGUCGCAUUCAUGCACCUUUAAUUUUUAUUAGUUAUUUACUAAAUACCAAAUAACUUGUAUGGAAUUAUUAAUUUAUUGAUGUUGAUUAUUAUUAAUUUUUUAUAGGAUUAUUGAUUAAUUAUUGAAUACCCACUUUAUUAAAAAAAUCAUUGAAUACCCACUUUAUAAUAAUAAAUAAUUAAGCCACCUCUAAUCUAUGGUUUGGGAAAUCCGGAAAAUGAUCAUCGAGAAUAUCACUCAAUCAUUCAUCACUUUGGCUGUCUACGUUUCUCAUUGGUAAAGGGAAUCACAGAUUAAUAAACAACUCAUAAUCAGGGGAAUGAAUUAAUAAACAAAUUAAGGCCAACUUCCACUAAUCAACAAGUUUAAUAGUCUUUCGUUGUACUUGGUACACAACAGACCUAUGCUCCUAGGGCGGUUCAAACGGAUGAAAAAAUAUGGUUAUUAUUUGGCUGGUUGUAAGAUGGUCUAGCUCACUUGGCCUGAAUAUAUAAAAGCGGUUCGGAAGUUUACUUACCGCGAUAUGGAGGUUAUCUUCCACAUGUAAUAUGAACAAAUUACAGUAUGGGCACCAACAGAGGAGCACACAUCGUGCACUCGCUUUAGUAUGUUGUAUGCAAUGGUACUUUGUUGGUGAGGACUUGAGGUACACAAUCAAGGGGAGUAUGAAGCGGCGUUGAGACACAACAUGAGUACAAGAAAACAGUAUUAGCUCUUAACCUAUAUGAAGACUCGUAAGCUUCCGAAAUGGAUUUUUUUUUAAGAAUCUAUUCUUUCUUCCUCAUAACAUAAUCCGCAGUUAUCUCUCUUAAACCUCUCCCUCUAUAUACUACAUUUCCCAAGAAAUUAAACAAAUGAAGUCUUGAAGCGUUG